CUGAGCUCUUCAUCUUCUCCUCCUCUUACCAGCUUCCCUUGCUUUUGUUUUCUCAAUCACAAAUUGGGCUUCUUCCAUUUCUUCCAUCAACAACGUACAAUGUCUUCUUUGACCGUCCCACCAGUCCUAUCCUCCCCAAGAGACGACGCCAUCCUCCUCCACAAAGCCUUCAAAGGCUUCGGCUGCGACAAGGACACCGUCAUCAACAUCCUCGCCCACCGCGACUCCACCCAACGCGCCUACAUCAAGCACGAGUACCGCACCAUGUACCACGAGGACCUCAACCACCGCCUCUCCUCCGAGCUCAGUGGAAAUACCAAGAAAGCCCUCCUUCUCUGGACCCACGACCCUCCCACCCGCGACGCCACAAUCGUCCGUGAAGCCCUCACCGGCCCCAACCUCAUCGAUCUCCGCGCCGCAACUGAAGUCAUCUGCUCUCGAACAUCCACCCAGAUCAUGCAGUUCAAACAAGUCUACUUUCAGAUGUUCGGUUCUUAUCUCGAGCAUGACAUCGAACUUCAAGCUUCCGGAGAUCACAAGAACCUGCUUCUUGCUUACGUGGCCACGCCGAGAUAUGAAGGUCUUGAUUUUGAUAGGUACAUGGUGGACAAAGACGCGAAGGCUCUGUAUAAAGCAGGGGAGAAGAAGCUGGGGACGGAUGAGAGGAAGUUCAUUGAGAUUUUCAGUGGGAGGAGCAGUGCGCAUUUGAAUGCUGUGAGUGCUGCUUAUCACAACAUGUACGGGACUUCUUUGAAGAAAGCUGUGAAGAAGGAGACGUCGGGGCUUUUCGAACAUGGGCUGGUGACGAUUCUGCAGUGUGCUGAGCAUCCUGGGAGGUAUUUCGCGAAGGUUUUGCAUAAAUCGAUGAAGGGAUUGGGGACGGAUGAUAGUACACUUGUGAGGGUGAUUGUAUCGAGGGCUGAGAUUGAUUUGCAGUAUAUAAAGGCCGAGUAUCGGAAGAAGUAUGGCAAGAGUUUGGGUGAUGCUGUGAAGUCUGAGACUUCUGGGAAUUACAGGGAUUUUCUUCUGGCUAUUAUUGGCCCAAGUCAUUAGCCUAACUGUGUUGUGUUUCAAUUUCAUGUGUGUUUAGUACUUUAAUUUAGGCGCUGAUGUAGAACUAUCGCGUAAUGCAAGUUCUUCCUUGACUUGAAAUGUUUAUGUUUAAUUAUGAAGAAUGUGUUUGAAGAUAA